GGGUUACAUACUAGUAUUUAACGCAGGUGAGUUCACCUCACGAUCAAAAACAAACAAGACAACAACAACGACACCUCGAUCUCUUCCGCUAGUCUUGCUCCUUUGCUCCUCCCUGCCCUCCUGCCUUCACCCCUAUCCUUGGUUUCCAUGUUGCCCUGCUUGCGCCCUUGAUUGCCUGCCUUGCGUUCCUGCGUCGUGCCCCCCUUGACCUCUGUCUCCGUCCUCCUCUUAGCUCUCUCUAAUCCAUAGUAAACCCGAUUCAAUAAACAAAAAGAAAUAUUCACUCCAGGAAGCUACCAGUACAGUACUACAGCACCGCAAACAAAAGCAAGCUACAGUUCUGCACUGUACUACGACAGCACCAUGGGUAUUCUCGAUAAAGCCAAGAAUGCGGCCAAGCACACCAAACUCAAAUCCGAAAUCCUGUUGUUGGACCGCGAAAUCAACGCCAAGAAACAGAAAUUUGGCAUUGAGGUGUGCGGUUUGCUGUGGGACCUGGACGCCAAAAACGGGGUGGGUGGUAAGUUGUCGCCAUUGGCAAGUCCUUGGGAGGCCGCCAAGGCAGACCUAACCAAGAUACGAGAUCAAAAGGCAGAAAUCCAGGCCAAGAUAGACGCCGAUGCCGAGAGCAAGCAGAGGGGAGAGAAAGAAGACGCCUCGGUCAUGGACAAGGCCAAGGCCACCGGCACGGAAGGAAAACGGCGGGCCAAGCUGCAGCUGUUGGAGCGAGAAGCCAAGGCUCGAAAACAGAAAUUUGGGGUCGAUGCCUACGAUGCAGCCAUUCAAUGCGAUACGGGUGCUGCAUCCGGUGGUGGCAGCACUCUGACGGAUAGCAAAAACCAAGGAGCCCAAAAGGUUUCCGACUCCAUAUCCAGCAACAAGAAAAUGACAUUUGUCGAAAAGCAAAUGGCCAAAGCGGCCGUCGGGGUGGUGUCGGCUGGGUUGUCGCAAUUGACGGUGAGCGAAACAGAUGUACUCAAAUGUAUUCAGACGGUUCAAUCCGAAAUCGAGGCGAUCACACAGAAGAAGGAUGACAAACUAGCCAAGAUCGAGCAAUUGAAGCAACCAGCGUAGCGAUUCCUAAUAGCGUUCGAAUGUAUUGUAAACAACGCAGUGUGGACAAGUAUUGUAGGGACCCGGUUGGAAAGGAUUGAUACAACUUAUGGCUGCUUUCUCUGUAUUUACUGAGCACUGAUGAGGCAUGUUGCUGUCUAAUGACACAACACUGGUGCAAACUCUGACUUUUGAAGACUUGAACAUUUACAAAGGUAAUGUAUUGUAUAGAAAUGUGAAGUAGAGCCUAGGAGUCACUGGUAGUCUGUGCUUCUAUGUGAAUCGAUGCCACUGUGGCAGUCUGUGUGGCUCUUCUGUCAGGUGGGCAACACAAGAAGUUGUCGCAGUUGACUUUGUCCACUGUGGUGUCACUUGGAUAGAUGCAUAAGCUGUGUUCGUAUAUGUUGCUUAGAUAUCAUUGCUAGUAGACGUGAGCAGAUGAAGUGGAACAGCUUU